UUGUUAUUUUUCUCGUAAACAUUUUAAAUUAUAAAUAUUAAUUUUUAUCUCAAGAAAACGAUAAGUUUAUUCAUCAGAGAUUUCACCAUAUGCAUAUCCAGUGGACGCUUUAGAAUAUCUUAAAGCCGAGCUAAGCUGUUAUUCCCUCUGCCACACUUAUUAUAACGUAAUUUACUAAGGCAGUACUAAAAUUUAUUCGAUAAAUUCGUUUCCGCUGUUAAUGAAAUGCAACUCUGUUAGCAAGCGUACUUCAACUGUCACUUUGACAUUUCACCAAAAAAUACAAAGCAAUCGUGAAUUUCAUGUCACCGCUAUUUACCAUUUUCUGCUGAAAUAAACAUUUUUUCGGCUUAUUAGCAUUUAGCAAAAUAUAGUGAAUAAACUGAAGUACUGAUCAUAAAUACAAAAGUAGCAGCUCAUAUAUUAAAAUGUUUUACCAUAUCUCACUUGAACAUGAAAUUCUCUUACACCCGCGUUAUUUUGGGCCACAGUUGCUGGAGACUGUAAAGCAGAAACUUUACACCGAAGUUGAAGGUACAUGCACAGGAAAGUAUGGUUUCGUGAUAGCGGUGACAACAAUCGACCAAAUUGGCUCUGGUGUUAUACAGCCGGGUCAGGGAUUUGUGGUGUAUCCUGUAAAAUACAAAGCAAUCGUUUUUCGGCCAUUCAAAGGAGAAGUAUUGGAUGCCGUUGUGAAACAAAUAAACAAAGUUGGCAUGUUCGCAGAAAUUGGACCACUCUCUUGCUUUAUAUCACAUCAUUCCAUCCCAGCUGAUAUGCAGUUCUGCCCAAACGGCAAUCCGCCGUGCUACAAAUCAAAAGAUGAAGAUGUGGUAAUUUCGGGUGAAGACAAAAUACGUCUAAAGAUUGUUGGUACACGUGUGGAUGCGACCGGCAUUUUCGCGAUCGGUACACUUAUGGACGAUUACUUAGGCUUAGUGUGCAGUUAAUUUCUUCGUUUAUUUCUAUAGUAGUCGGAAUAUUCUUAUUUUACGAAUCUGUUUAACUGUGUCCAUAAUUAUUAUAGUAAGCAAAUGCUUAUGCAUUUGUAUGUACGAAAUACAUGUAAAAUUAAUUGAAUUUAAAGAUAAAAUAACCGUUUAAAUAGA